AUGUCGACCAUUCAACAAUGGACAACCAGCCUCGAAGGCUUGGAUAGCCUUCAAUUGAGUAAAACACCCAAGCCAGCCCCACGCAAAGGCGAAGUUCUAGUUGAGAUUCGCGCCGUGUCACUUAACUAUCGAGACUUUGAGGUCUGCAGCGGAGAGUACAAUCACCACCGAUCCGUCAGCCAGGAUAAAUCCUCCCUCGUCCCCUGCUCAGACAUGUGCGGGGUCGUCACCGAAAUUGGAGAAGGAGUCACAAGCUGGAAAGUGGGCGACCGUGUUCUUUCAACCUUUCUUCCCGACCACCAGACUGGCCAGGUUACCGAAAAGAUGAUGGCUUCUGGCAUGGGCCUGCCCCAACCUGGUGUAUUGGUGAAAUACCGGGCUUUCCCUGAGUAUGCGCUGGUGCGUGCUCCCAGCUAUUUGACGGACGAAGAAGCCUCCACUCUGCCCAUUGCCGCUGUGACGGCCUGGAUGGCCAUCAACGGGAUGCGGCCCAAGGGGCAGAGUGGAGGCGCCGGAGAGUACAUCCUGCUUCAGGGAACUGGCGGGGUUGCUGUCUCGGGCUUGCAGAUCGGCAAGGCCGCUGGAGCGAAGGUGAUCAUCACCUCCUCUUCCGACGACAAGCUGAAGCAGGCUCAGCAACUCGGCGCCGAUUAUACCAUCAACUACCGCACAAACCCGAACUGGGAGGAAGAGGUAAUGCGGUUGACGGAACAACAUGGUGCAGACAUUAUCCUUGAAACCGGUGGUGCUCAGACCUUGAAGAAAAGCUUUGACUGCAUUGCCUGGGGCGGGCUUAUCGACUGUAUUGGAUACCUGUCGGGCAAGGUAGACGCACCAGAUGACCGGACAAACGUGAACCUUCUGGCCCUCCGCCGCAAUGUGACACUGAAGGGAAUCAUCAACGGACCUAAGGAUCGGUUCGAGGAGAUGGUCGCUUUCUACGAGAAGCACAACAUCAAGCCAGUGGUAAACCGCGUGUUCUCGUUCGAGGACGCUCCAGACGCAUUCAAGUUCCUUGCGAGUGGCUCGCAUUUUGGUAAAGUGGUUAUCAAAGUUGCUUAA